AUGCCAUACACAAAAAUAAGCUCUACCACCACUCUUACAAGCAGUGUCACCACAGUCGACUGCCAGAAACAAGUCCGAUCGUGGCGGCUUCUCCGUUCUAUCUUAGAGCUACUUAUUCCUAGUUGCAAUUGCGUCUUUGUUAAAGAAAAUGAGUUGCAAGACAAAAAAUGCUGUGACUACAGCUAUUGCUAUUAUCGACAACCUAGUUUCUUCUCUAACACCACCAUCAGUGGCACCAUAUUUGGUCAUCGACGUGGAAAAGUUAGCUUUUGUAUCCAGGAAAACCCUAAAUCCACCAUCCCGAUGCUUCUUCUUGAACUUGCUAUAUCCACAAGCACACUUGCUAGGAAAAUGAGAGGAGGGUUCGUCAGAAUUGCCCUCGAAUGCAAUACGUGUGGAAAUGGCACAGGCUCCUCUGAUCUUCUUUCAAUGCCCGUUUGGAGUAUGUUUUGCAACGGAAGGGAAGUAGGGUUUGCUGUCAAAAAAAAUCCCUCAAAAGUCGAUAUGGAGGUUUUGCAGCUUAUGGAAUCAGUUGUUGUAGGUGCUGGUACUCUACGUAGAGGAGAACUCAAGAGUGAAGAUGAUAUUAUGUACCUUAGAGGAAAAUUCCAAAGAGUUCAAGCGUCAUCAAAUUCAGAAUCAUUUCAUUUGAUUGAUCCAGAUGGUAAUGUUGGACAGGAAUUCAGCUUUUUCUUCCUUAGGUCUCACUAAAGAUGGAAAUCCAAUUCAUCCAUGCAUAUUGCUUCUUAAUUUAGUAGCGUACUUGGUAGUGGUCAACAACUUUGUAUCACUUUUUUGCUUUCUUUAUAUUCAUUUUUUCCUUUUACUUGUCUUGCCACCCCCCAGGCGCUUUCUUUCGAGUUGUGCCUUCUUGUUGGCAUUACUUUCUUGUCU